AUGGCCAAAAUUAAAAAUGUUUUUGGGGAACCAUGGAAAGAGGUGUAUGCGGAUAUCCGUAUCAGUCCGCGCGCAACCAGCACUUCUGGGAUUGCAUGUAGUCACAACAAGAUCGCGUUCCCUUGGGAUGUGGUAUCAGGUGGACUCGUGGGCGUUAUAAACCUUAACAAGUAUGGCAAGAAACUUCCAAUACUAAAGCUCAAAGGCCACAAAGCUGGAAUUCAAGACCUAGAGUUUAACUACUUCAAUUUCAAUAUACUAGCCACAGCAUCCGAUGACUCUACCAUUCUAAUAUGGGAAAUACCGGAUUUUACUACAUCCCAGGAAAUUUCACAGCCUGUGGCAAAACUUUCAGGACAUGCUAGAAAGGUUUUGUGUUCAACCUGGAAUCCCAUUGCAGACUUCAUUCUCGCCUCUUGUUCUAGUGACUCAAAUGUCUGCUUUUGGAACGUAUCAGCUGAGGCUAAGACUAGUAGUAGUAAGGUAACAGGCAACAUUUCCAAUUGUAAAUGGCAUGCCAAUGGCAGUAUAUUGGUCGUAGGGUGUAAAGAGGGCAAUGUUACAGUAAUUGAUACGAGAGGCAAUGAGAAUACGGAAUUUUCGGCCCAUGAAUCAUCCAAGGCCACAAUGGUAACUUCUUUGGAUGGACCUGGGGGAAAUAUUGAUUACAUAGUUACCACCGGUUUCCUUGGAAACCAAGUAAGGCAGGUGAAAUUGUGGGAUCUGCGUAGGACGGAUAACUGCGUCAAGGAGAUUGUUUUGGACAGCUCUCCCUCGCCAUUUAUUCCAACUUUUGACGAUAACCUGGGCAUUCUUACUUUGACUGCCAAGGGAGAUUCAACAGUGCGCUGCUUUAACUUUUACGGUGGGGAUAUCAUCAAAAAUGGGGAACUCAAAUCCAAGGCGUCAAUCAAAUCUUUCGCUUGGGCUCCCAAAAUAGUUUGCAACCAAGAUAAAUGUGAGCUAGGGCGAUUUUUGGCAAACGAAGAUUUUAAAUUGAUUCAGCCAAUUAGUCUGUUGGUGUCUAGGAGGAGUGCCGAUGGUCAUUCGGAGCUGUAUCCACACAUAUCAUCUUUCACCCCUCGUGUCACCUCCUACGAAUGGGCCGAAGGGAAAAGGGCGGAAAGAAUCGUUAUUCCCCACGACCCGUCCAUCGGACUCACCGAAUUGUUCUGUAAAUUUACCAAGGGCGUCCCCAUAAAACGCGAAGUCAUCGAGGGCGAGUCAACAUCCCCGGUUGCUUCAAUGCAAGAGCCUUUGGGUGUAGCACAGGGUUCGAUUUCAACCCAGGCCUCAGAUAUAAAAGUGGAAGGUGUUCCAUCCCAUACCACUGAUAUGGCUAAUUCGCCAAUCAAACGGGGGUUCGUAGACAAAUCGUAUUCCAGUCCAUUGAGUUCAAACGUUCCGCCUCCAGUCAGCACAGCGCCUACGGCCACCAUUAGCUACCCUUCAAUCACGAAUGCAGAAGUUACUGGUAGCCCACAUGUGCAUAAGGAACUGGCAAUGCUUCUGAGCCAGGUAUCCGAGAAACUCCUGAUAUUGGACCAGAAGAUCCAAGCAGAUAUCGAUGCAUCCAAUGUUAAGAACGAUCUUAAGGGUAUCGUAAAUGCGAUUAACAAUUAUCUAAAAUGA